AUGAAUGAAAGAAGAGACGAAACGCCAAUACCUAUUCCAAUGGAAUAUGAUAAAAAGAAGGAAGAUAUUGAGAAAAAAUUGAAUUCGUACAUUUGAUAAACUAAUAAAGAUUAUUUGAAGCUGAUAAAGCAGCUGAAGAGUAAUUGUAUUAAGUAUAAUAAAUCCUUGCUAUAUAAGGAGCAGUGUUAGAAACUGCUUCAGAAUCAUCUUUGAAGGUUCUUGCAAUUUAAUAUUUUGUUACAAGUCUUUUGACAAUGUUCAUUUUGCAAUUAAAUCGUUUUGGAUGGAUUUUAACAUGGCUUCCGUUUUUGGAAUAAUUUGUUGGAACUCUAUAUUUAAUAACACUAAUUCUUUCAGAGUUUUGUCCAAAUGCAGUUUCAUAAGUAAAUAAAUUAAUAUUUCUAGUUACCAUAUAACUUUUUAGUUUUUAUUUUUCACUCAUGUUCUAAAGUUUUACUCCUUGUUUUUGUGUCACUUUGGUAUUCAGAAUAUAAAUGUGAAUUGAUCACUUUAGCUUUAGGAAUUUCUAUACUAUAUUUAAUGUAUUUAAUAAAAGGUUCUGUUGGUAUAUAUAAUCAUUUAAUAUAAGCUGAGAAAUAAUUUUAAGGUAUGAAAGUAAAAAAGUAAUUUUGUAAUGUGAUUCUUAUGGUGGCAUUUAUAUCUGGAAUUUUAUGUUUACUUACUCGGUCAGAUAUAUUAAUUAUAGCAAUUUUAUCAUGUUUUGGAGUCAUAUAUAUCUGCUUUUUAUAAUUAGCACUUUAAAGGUUUGAAUAAAUAGAAUAUAUUUUUGAAAAUUCUAAUGAUGUAUAUUUGGGACCAGCAUUGUUGGAUGCAGAUCUAUUAUUCUUUUGCAAAUUAUGUUUUUUUCAUUGUUUUAGUAAAAAAAAUAAUUCAAAUCGUAAAAAAGAAGAAGAAUCUGAAUAAAAUGAGAAUUGA